AUGAUAGGCGACCAAACAUAUGACAUGUCUUGGUACAUAAUACUACAAGACCAAACCUCACCAUCAAGAAGACAUAUCCAAGACCGAAGUAAUCCAUUAGAAGGCUUAAACACCAUUGAAUGUGUUCAGCGCUUCCGAUUGGAUCACUCCGGAAUUUUGGAUAUCUGUCGCCUCAUCGAUGAAGAUAUAAGGCGCCCGACAAAAAGAAGUAAUGCGGUAUCAACACUUUUACAAGUAUGUGCCGCAUUACGAUUUUUUGCACAAGGCGCCUUUUAUCGGGUCACCGGAGACACUCUUGACAUAAGUACAGCAACUAUGUCAAGAGUUGUUCAUAGAGUGGCCCGAGCUCUCACUAAAAAUGUCCGGAGAUAUGUACUGUUUCCGGACAGUGAGAGGGAAAUCGCUUCAACUAAAGAAGACUUCUAUAAGUUGAAGCGAUUUCCUAAUGUUAUUGGCGCUAUUGAUGGCACGCACGUCGAAAUAUUAGCGCCGCCACAAAACAUUGAAGCUGAUUAUGUUAACCGAAAAUUUCGGCACACAAUCAACGUUCAAGCUGUGGCUAACGCACGCUUGGAGUUUAUCGACAUCGUUGCCAAAUAUCCUGGACGGACACACGAUGCCUUUAUAUGGCAAAACUCUGGACUUCGACGGCAACUACAACAACGGCCAAAUAUUGGUUGGCUCUUAGGCGACUCCGGUUACCCUUUAGAGCCACAAUUGAUGACCCCACUCUCAGAGCCUCGAACACCCGCUCAAAUACGUUACAAUACGGCACAUAUGUCCACACGUAACGUAGUUGAGCGGGCGUUCGGUGUUCUGAAAAUGAGGUUCAGAUGUCUUGACCAGACCGCGGGCAAACUUAUCAAGAAGACAUAA